UGUUCGUUAAAAAGAAAAAGAAAUGAAUCCUGCUCUGAUCAAGUUGGAAUCAUAAAUUCUGACAAGAAACUAAAAGCGCAGGUGUGUACCGAACUCGGGAUGUUAACUCCAUCGGUGGUCAAGAUGGACGACAAGAAACAGGCAGAGCUUGCUGGAGAUGGGAAGCCAAGGCCACAGAUUCAGACGGUGUGUGCCGAACUCGGGAGGUUGGCUCCAUCGGUGGUCCAGAUGGAGGACAAUAUACAGGCAGAGCUUGCCGGAGAUGGGACGCCACUGCCGAGGCCACAGAAUCAGAUAUGUGACAUUAUGUCUUUGAAUGAAAGGGUUUGUCACGAAUGGAAAAAUCUGCCCUUACUUGUGAUCAUGAACAUUUUCUCUUAUCUAACUGAUAAUGAAAUGAGAAUUUUCUCACAAGUCUGUCAGAGUUGGUAUACGAAAUUCCUUCUUAUAUAUUGGUGUACAAAUCUAACAUUACAAUUAAAGCUUAUUGAUAAUCGUUCUCUUGAUCGAGUUACGGGACUAAUAUCCAGAAAAAUCAGACAGUUAGAAAUUUCAUACGUUUCUGAUCCACAAGUCUAUUUAGCCAGCUGGUCCGCCUCCAAAGCACUCCUGAUUAUUCUUCAAAAAGUGAUUUGUUCAAAGGCUACAGACAUUGAACAUAUGUGUAUUUUUAAGAUAGGACACCUUUUAACUAAUUUUUUAAAUGAAAAAAAUUGGGACUUGGCUAUUGCAUUAUGCAAUGUUAUCAAAACACAAAAUAAUCUAUUGACACUAAAAUUAGAAACAAUACACAUGGAUAAUGCACAAGGCAUUUUAGUUCUAAAAACCAUAAAAUCGUGUCUAAAGAUAAAAGAAUUAAGCUUCAUAGAGAUCUUCAAGCAGUCAAUGGUAGACGAAGAGGUGAUUCAAGAAAUCAAAGAAUGUAUUCAAAAUUUACCUGAGCUUAAAGGUGAGUAG